CAUCUCCAUUUCUAUCCAUUUUUGAAUAUUUAAAAGGGGGAAGAAAAAAAAGAAAAAGAAAAACAGAAUCACAAGUUUACAAACAAUCACCAACUUAAGAUUCCUAACAAGUUUAUUACGUAUCAUCAUCAACGUGAAGAUUCUUCCCACAAACCAUCGUCAUCAUUUCCCUUGGACCAACCAUUUAGCAGUAGUAGUACAAACUAAAACUCUAAAACCAAACAAAUAAUGAUAAAUAAAUAUAGUACUACUAUUUAACAAGAGUUGGAGAAAAAAAAGUGGGGAGGUCCGGAUAAGAAGAGAGCAGGAGACAAUAAAGGCAUGACCAACUCAAAAAGAAAAGCUUUUUAAAGAAUAAAUAAAAACUUCGUCCCCCCCAAUCCUAAUAAUAUUUGGAGAUCCUAAUAGAACUUAGGCAUACAAACUCUAAAACUCCCAAUGGACUUGGAGUCUGGGACACCACUCCCGCCGCCAAAGCGGCUGUCCUCCCUGAUUACCCGCCUCAAUGCCUCCGUCGCCGACAGCCCCGUCGGCCACCGCUUCAAGAUCAAGCAACGCAACACCACCUUCACCACCGAGCUCCGAGCCGGCACCGCCACCUUCCUCACCAUGGCUUACAUCUUAGCCGUCAACGCUUCCAUCCUCUCCGACUCCGGCGGCACUUGCUCCGUCUCCGACUGCAUCCCCCUCUGCUCCGACCCCACCGUCUCCCCGUCCAACUGCACCGGAAACCCCAACCUCCGGCUCAUAACCCCGGACGUUUCCUGCAAGUUCGACCCAGUUAACCCGGGCUACGCCGCCUGCCUCCAAAAAACCCGGAAAGAUUUGAUCGUCGCCACCGCCGCCUCCUCCCUCAUCGGAUGCGUCAUCAUGGGCUUAUUCGCGAAUUUACCCUUAGGAUUAGCUCCGGGAAUGGGCGCCAAUGCCUACUUCGCGUACACCGUGGUGGGCUUCCAUGGAUCCGGGAACGUAACUUACCAGAGUGCUUUAGCCGCCGUUUUCAUAGAAGGCCUAAUAUUCUUACUCAUCUCUGCCGUCGGGUUAAGAGCCAGGCUGGCGAAAUUAGUCCCGAAACCGGUGCGAAUUUCCUCUGCGGCUGGAAUUGGGCUCUUCUUAGCCUUCAUUGGUUUGCAAAACAACCAGGGCGUCGGUCUCGUGGCUUACAGCUCAUCAACAUUAGUCACUCUCGGAGCCUGCCCGCGUUCCGCGCGUGCUUCCGUUGCGCCGGUGAUCGCGUCCUUAAACGGCACCGUUUCCCUGUUACCCGGCGGGACGCCGUCUGAUGACAUAUUGUGUUUGCAUGGCCGAAUGGAAAGCCCAACGUUUUGGCUUGGAGUUGUUGGGUUUGUGAUCAUUGCUUACUGUUUGGUGAAGAAUAUAAAGGGGGCGAUGAUAUACGGCAUCGUUUUCGUCACCGCCGUUUCGUGGUUUAGGAACACCAGCGUCACCGCCUUUCCCGACUCUGUUACCGGGGAUUCUUCUUACGAAUAUUUCAAAAAAGUCGUUGACGUUCACAAAAUUGAGAGCACCGCCGGAGCUUUGAGUUUCAAGGAUUUCGGCAAGGGGCAUUUCUGGGAAGCGCUGGUGACGUUUCUGUACGUGGACAUUUUGGACACCACCGGGACACUGUAUUCGAUGGCUCGAUUCGCCGGAUUUACGGACGCCGACGGGAAUUUCGAGGGGCAGUAUUUCGCGUUUAUGUCCGACGCGUCUUCCAUUGUGGUGGGGUCGUUGCUGGGGACGUCACCCGUGACGGCUUUCAUUGAGUCGUCCACGGGGAUCAGGGAAGGUGGUAGGACGGGGUUGACGGCGUUGACCGUGGCGGCCUACUUCCUGCUGGCGUUCUUCUUCACGCCGUUGCUGGCGUCCAUCCCGCCAUGGGCGGUGGGGCCGCCGCUGAUACUGGUGGGCGUGUUGAUGAUGAGGUCGGUGGUGGAGAUCGAGUGGGAUGAUAUGAGGCAGGCCAUCCCGGCGUUCAUGACUCUGAUUCUGAUGCCGUUGACUUAUUCCAUCGCCUACGGGUUGAUCGCCGGCAUCGGGACUUAUAUAGUUUUGCAUUUGUGGGAUUGGGGUGAGAUUUUGUUGAGGAGAUUUGGAAUCAUCAAAGAUGUCGGCAGCAGCACCAACGAUCAUGGCGUUAGCAGCAAUGGUGUUGUGGUGAAGAACGGGAUCGUAAAAGAAAGCAGCAUUAGCAACGCUGGAGGAGUUAGCCAAAAUUAACUUGAUGAUAUAUGUAAUUAACUCUUUGUAAUUAGUUUUAUAUAUGGUUUAAUUUUUGUUCCGGAAGUUUUUAAAUAGUUUUGCUGAUCCAUCAUCAAUCAAUCAAUCAAUCAAACUAGUAUUGAUUCUUCGAAAACUCAAGGCAUGGUAGCUACUAGUUAGCUAUAGACUCAAAAAGUCAGAACUCAGAAGUGCCAAAUAUAGCAAGGAUCCAAUAAUAUAUGCAGGUGUACUGUUUUCUAUAUAAAUAAAUGGAAGAUCUCGAGACUGA